AGAACGACAAUAUCAUUUACAUUCUCAAAUCUCGAGAUCUUGUUCCCUAGAUACUAAAGUAACAUAACUUUCAAUUCGAGCCCGCGAGGCUACAGCAGACAUGCGAGGUUGGCUUCAUGGGUUCCUCGCAUUGGGGAUUUCGGCCCUGACAGUUGGUGCAUUGGAGGUCAGAAUGGACGAAUCUAAUGACAAUCGACAAGUAUGCGCCGGAAUGUAUGACCGGAAGACUUGGGGAGGCCCGACUGAGCCGCAUAUAUUAGUGAAAUGGCUUCCAACUACACAAGACUCAGAGGAUCCCGAUCCAAUUGCAAGUAUGGUCAUCUUUGAGUGGAGGGAUUAUGACCUGGUUGGUGUAUUGCCAACCAUUGACAGUAUACAGAAAGAAUUCAUUUGCGAUCCAGAGAAUAUCAGCAAUGGUUUCUGUAAUAGUAACCAAACUGGUCAAUUCCUCCUUGCGCCAAACGCAACAGAAAAUUCGAUCAGUCAAAUUUACACUGGAGCCGUUCAUCUCAACAGCACCGGCCCACCAAUCAAUUAUCCUAUCAAGAAGACUGGCUAUUACUGUGUUGGUACAACGGGCUAUUCUCCCACAAAUGUUAAAUAUACUGCGAUUGUAGAAUUCCGGAAUGCCUAUGGGGAGCUUCCAGCAGCACAAAUACCAAAACUGCCAUUUUACGGUAUUAUCACAAUUGUGUACGCUGUUAUAGGAAUUCUUUGGGCAUUUCUCUAUGUGCAACAUCGGGAAGAUAUUCUGCCUGUACAGAACUACAUUACAGCAAUCAUUGUAUUUUUGAUAGUCGAAAUGCUGAUGACUUGGGGCUUCUAUGACUAUCUCAACCGAUCUGGCAGCAAUAUUGGCUCAAAAGCAAUGAUGAUCAUCGUUGCUGUGCUUAAUGCAGGUCGUAACUCAUUCUCGUUCUUCUUGCUACUUAUUGUCUGCAUGGGUUAUGGUGUCGUCAAGCCCAGUUUAGGCAAGACUAUGGUUUAUGUUCGCUAUCUCGCUGGAGCUCAUUUCGUCUUUGGCUUGAUUUAUUCAAUUGCGAGCUUGACAAUUACUCCUGAGCACGCUGGUCCACUAGUACUGUUUGUUAUUCUCCCCCUGGCCGGAACUCUUACAGCAUUCUACGUCUGGACUCUCAAUUCCCUCAACUUGACCAUGAAGGAUUUGAAUGACCGCAAACAAACAACAAAAGCAGGCAUGUAUCGCAAGCUAUGGUGGUGUAUUCUGCUUUCGAUUAUCGUCAUAUUCGGCUUCUUUUUCUUCAACUCGUUCACUUUCGCUUCGGCUUCGGAUCCUGACUUUGUUCCUUUCCACUGGAAAUCCAGAUGGUUUAUUCUUGACGGCUGGCUUAAUAUUGUCUACUUGAUGGACGUCGCAUUUGUUGCCUGGGUAUGGAGGCCAAGUGCAAACAAUAGAAGGUUCGCUAUGAGUGAUGAGUUGGCACAAGACGAUGAGGGAUUUGAGAUCGCCGAUUUUGGCGCUGAAGAUGAUGACGAAGAUGAUAUCGAGAACUCUGCAGCUCGCAGAGGUGAUCGAACACAACCCGGCCAAGAAGGAGCAAGAUAUGAUCCUCCUCCAGGAGCUAACACCGCAAAGGAGAUUCCAAGAGAAAGUCUUGAUGGAGAAACAAUUUUUGCAGUUGGAGAAGAUGGUGACCGCUGGUCAGAUGAUGAUGAUGACGAUUCGGAGGCAGGAAAAAAACUUGUGGGUGGAAAGGGGACAAAAGGUGCACACAAUGAUUCGGACUCAGAUUAA